AUGGAGGCUCUUGAACAGUUCCAAAUCUCUCUUACCCAAGCCUUUGGCGACUGUUUCAAAGAUGUCUACAAGACCCUUCAACGAGAACUUGCUCUCCGAGACGCGAAGGUGCAGGCGGCCGAGGAGAGGGUUAGAAUUGCAGAUGAAGCACGGAAAAGAGCGGAUGCAGAAUUGACAGCCUUAAAGGAUGAGAUUACUAUUCUACGGGAUGAGCUGCGUCUCGGGGAUGUUGGGUCCACUGAAGACCAAGUUACUGCUCAGAAGUCCCUCGAAUUGGAAGCAACGUACGCGCCGCAUCGCGCUAUAGAUCGUAUAUGUGCCAACCGCAAGGACUCCGAGAGCUUCGACUCUACUGAGAUAAUGGCUGUGAGGGACUUGUAUGCCGCGCUUUACACAGAAGCUCAGACGCUUAUGAAAGCCUCUGGCGAACUUCGAAGACAAGUCAAACGUCACAAAAAGAAAUUAAUGCAUUGGAGGAAGAGCCUGGACCGCGACAAUUUCACAUUGGUGCUCGAUGGAGAAGCAGUGGAUUUUCAGCGGGCUAAGAGAAACAGCUGUGAAGAACAUUCACGCUUAUUCACUAACUUAUCAACGUCUAUACCAAUAAACUCUUCGAAAUCGGCCAUGCAUCCAGUUUUGCGAGGAGGUUCCGCCCCUAUUAUGCAUACUUCAGGACUAGGUGGCUAUGAUGAAUCUUCGAAUGCCGACGUGCCAAGGGAGCCAGCUGCAGCUCAGAGUGCAACUGCUCCGGCCGCAACUAUCAAACGGAAACGUUCAGCAUCACAACCGCCUCAUCAAAUAUGCCCAACACUUCACGAUAAUGCCCCUAAUCAUGGUAACAGUGGUUCAAGCCAGCCUAUUUCUAUCAGAGACGAGGGUUUAUCAUCUAGCCCUUUGGGGGGGUCAUUAUCUAGUUGCGGGGCUACUGGGACCCAGGACCUAGAUGAGGUUGGUGUCUUGGUUCAAACGCCAACUAAGAGAAAGAAGUAUAAGGAAAUUGGCUCCGAGCGAGCGGCUUCACCAGCAAUUGAAGCCAGACGCAAAGGCCUGCCCCCAGCAAGAUCUCAAUCAUUCUCGAGACGACCCACGGUACUGCAAUCGGUCAAUGGCAACACAAGCAUCAAUAGAUAUGACCAACGGUUAGGCACAGCAGCCGCGAAGGGAUCAAAACCGAGACUCAAAUACCCCAUCUCGGCGAUGGCUGAGGAUGGCGAAGAGAAUGACGUGAACGUCGCUACACCAAACCGACUUAACACGUCGGCAUUUGAAGCUAGGUCGCCACUUCCAGACCCAGGAAAGGAAGGCCAAUUUGCCGUACAGAGACUGGAAGGUCUUCUUGAAGGACCGGUGCCUGCCAAACAACAGCUCCAACCCAAGAAUAUCAAUGAAGAAUUCACAAGGGGCUGCGCAGUGCAGCGAUCUCCUUCUAUGUCUAAUAAUAGCAGGGGAGGACAGACAAAUUCUGAAUCAGAAAUCAUGCAGGGGAGUUCGAAACUUGAUAUUCAACAUGGUUUCACUCAGGCCACCUCGUCUUCGGGAAGCGAAGCACAACGGGUGAAGGAGAACGCCACGCGUAUAGCAUAUAGAACUUUGCCGCUGCAUCGUCUCGAACUCACCCAUUUCAGGAUUAAUCCAAACUAUAACCAAGGGGUAAAUUUUGCGUUUAGCAGUGUCAUCCGCACCACAGACGAGCGCAAGUGUGCGAAGGGUUGUAUGCGCCCCAGCUGCUGCGGAGGCAAGUUCCAUGCCAUGGCACGCCUGGGCGGACUUCCGACGAACGCAACCUCUAACAAGGACAGAGAACAGGAAGAGCAGAAGAUUCUGGAGGACUAUUUGGGAGAGGAAGCACAUAUACUCGAUAAACUAAGCACGGAGGAUCGAAAGAGCCUUCUGCAAGAGGCGAACGCCAGGCUCAUUGCCAAUCGGUUUGGGAAGCAUAGGCAUCACCACCAGCGAUCGGGAUCGCCACCGGGAUACUGGCGCACAGAUAUGCCUGAUACACAGGAAUUGCAGCGCGAUCAUGAGGAGGCAAGGGAAAUUGAAAGGGAGAAGGUGCGAGACCGAUAUCGAGAGGCAAUGCGUCCCGGUGGCCUUUGGAAGUUUGCAGAUGAGUGA